GCAAACACAACACUCUUACCUUCAUAUCCUUUAUCGACCCCAAAUCUAAUCUCUCCCUCUUACUAACAACACUUACGCAUCUCCUCUCGCUUCCACUUUUACCGCUUUCUUCUCUCUCUCUCUCUCGAAAAAGAGAGGAGAGGAAAAAAAAGAGAGAGCUUGUAUGUAACUUUGUUAUGGGCACGUGACUGAACUUUAACUAGGUUUUGAAGUUCUUAAUUCAUCAACUACUGCAGGAGCUAGUAGGAGCAAGGAGCUACAAUGUAUGCAGGAAUAAUUAAGUGUAGAAAUCCGAGAUGGGGUUCUUUCUUUCAUCCAUCAAAGCAUUUCAUUAGGCCAAACUGCCAGGACCGGUCUAUGAGCUGUUCAAUAGUAGCGAGGGGCCCUUUUUUGCAUGCUGGUUUCAUUAAAAGAAAGCUAUUAUAUUCACUUUCAUCAAGGAGCAUUGCCUUCAGAAAUAGUGAUGGUGGUUUGCUUAGAAGGUCUAAUACGUGUUGGACGGAUAUUCAAUUCCGUGCAUGUAGUUCAGGAUCGGAUGGGAGGAAUACGAGUGAGGAUAAACAUGCCCCGGUGAAAGAUGGAGCUAGCUCUGAUAAUGAGAAAACCCGGCAAGAAACAGUUAGUGAAGAUGCAAAGCACUGUGAUGCACAUGCUCGACUAGGGGAACAAGAUCAAAAGGAGUGGCUUCAUAAUGAGAAGCUUGCUAUAGAAGCUAAAAAGAAGGAAUCUCCAUCUUUGACUAGAAGAGAAAAGUUUAAAAAUGAAUUCUUGAGGAGAAUUGUUCCAUGGGAGAAGCUGCAUGUUUCCUGGGAUAAUUUUCCGUACUACAUCAAUGAGCACACCAAAAAUACUCUGGUGGAAUGCGUUGCUUCCCAUUUGAAACAUAAAAAAUGCACCACUUCCUAUGGGGCUCGUCUGACAUCUUCGAGUGGGAGAAUUCUGCUCCAGAGUGUUCCAGGAACCGAGCUUUAUCGGGAAAGAACUGUUAAAGCACUGGCACAGGAUUUACAGGUUCCCCUGCUGGUGCUUGAUAGCGGCGUUCUUGCGCAUUAUGAUUUUGGAGAUGAUGAGUGUGUAUCAGAUGAUAGUGCAGAAGCUGUGGAGGAUGGUAUUUCAGAGUCAGAAGUUGAGGAUGAAAAUGACGCAGUCAAUGAAGAGGAGUGGACAAGCAGUGUUGAGGCUAAAUCAGAUUUUAGUGAUGAUGAUGCAGUUGAUGUAGAGGCAACUGCUGAGGCAGCCCUGAAGAAGCUUCUUCCCUUCAGCCUACAAGAAUUUGAGAAGAGAGUCUCUGGAGAAUGUGACAGUUCCUCUGAGCCCUCAAAGAAUGAGGCUGAAGACACUUCUGAGACCCUCAAAAAGCCACUUAAUAAAGGGGAUCGGGUGAAGUAUGUGGGGCCAUCCAUACGCAUUGAGGCUGAUGAUAGGCCUUUAUCAAGUGGUCAACGUGGGGAAGUAUAUGAGAUGAAUGGAGAUCAAGUCGCUGUUAUUUUGGAUAUUGGUAAUGAUAACAAAUCAAAUGAAGGAGAGAAGGAUGAGAAACUCCAAGAGCAGCCUGCAAAAGCACCAGUUUGUUGGAUAGAUGCUAAGGAUAUUGAGCAUGAUCCUGACACCGAGACAGAAGACUGCUAUAUUGCGAUGGAGGUUCUGUGUGAGGUUUUGUGUUCCAUGCAACCCAUUAUUGUCUAUUUUGCAGAUUCUUCACAGUGGUUGUCUAGGGCGGUUCCCAAGUCAAACCACAAGGAUUUUGUAAGCAAGGUACAGGAAAUGUUUGACCAAUUACCAGGACCUGUUGUUUUGAUUUGUGGACAGAACAAAGCUGAAACAGGGUCAAAGGAGAAAGAAAGAUUUACAAUGGUUCUUCCAAAUUUGGGUCAUCUGGCAAAGCUGCCUCUCUCCUUGACGCAUCUCACUGAGGGACUCAAAGGGGCAAAGAGAUCCAAUGAAAAUGACAUAUACAAGCUCUUCACCAAUAUUUUGUGCCUCAAUCCCCCAAAGGAGGAAGAUCUUCUUAGAACAUUCAAUAAACAGGUUGAAGAGGACAGGAAAAUUGUUAUAUCGAGGAGUAAUUUAAAUGAACUGCACAAGGUUCUCGAAGAAAAUGAGAUGUCAUGCAUGGACCUAUUGCACGUAAACACUGAUGGUCUGAUUCUAACAAAGCGGAAGGCUGAAAAGGUUAUUGGCUGGGCGAAGAAUCAUUACUUAUCAUCUUGCCCGCUCCCAUGCAUAAAGGGGGACCGAUUGUCUUUGCCUCGUAAAAGCCUUGAGAUAGCAAUCGUGAGGUUGAAGGAGCAAGAAACCAUAUCUGAAAAGCCAUCACAGAAUCUGAAGAACGUGGCCAUGGAUGAGUAUGAAAGCAACUUUGUUUCAGCUGUGGUAGCUCCGGGUGAAAUUGGUGUCAAAUUCAAUGAUGUAGGUGCUCUUGAAGAUGUGAAGAAGGCUUUGAAUGAACUCGUCAUUCUUCCUAUGAGGAGACCAGAACUUUUCUCUCGUGGAAAUUUGUUGCGGCCUUGCAAAGGAAUUUUGCUCUUUGGACCUCCUGGAACUGGGAAAACCCUUCUUGCCAAAGCACUUGCUACAGAGGCAGAGGCAAACUUUAUCAGUAUUACUGGUUCAACUCUUACUUCAAAGUGGUUCGGAGAUGCUGAAAAGCUCACCAAGGCUCUCUUCUCCUUUGCUAGCAAGCUGGCUCCUGUCAUUAUAUUUGUUGAUGAGGUUGACAGUUUGCUUGGUGCUCGUGGUGGUUCUUUCGAGCAUGAAGCUACUAGAAGAAUGAGAAAUGAGUUCAUGGCAGCGUGGGAUGGAAUGAGAUCAAAAGAUAGCCAGAGAAUCCUUAUCCUUGGUGCCACAAAUCGACCAUUUGAUCUUGACGAUGCUGUAAUCCGCCGGUUACCUAGAAGAAUACUUGUGGACCUACCAGAUGCUGAAAAUCGUAUGAAGAUUCUCAGAAUAAUUCUGAGUCGAGAAAAUUUAGAACCUGAUUUCCAGUUUGACAAACUUGCAAAUGCAACCGAGGGAUACUCUGGAAGUGAUUUGAAGAACCUAUGUAUUGCUGCAGCAUAUAGACCAGUCGAAGAACUUUUAGAAGAAGAAAAGGGCGGCAAGAAUGGUGCAGCUCCUGCAUUAAGAACACUUAAUUUGAAUGAUUUCAUUCAGUCAAAAGCAAAGGUGGGGCCUUCAGUUUCCUUCGAUGCAGCUAGUAUGAACGAGCUGAGGAAAUGGAACGAGCAAUAUGGAGAAGGUGGAAGCAGAAAACAAUCACCUUUUGGUUUCUGAAACUACUCCGAUCAGGUUUCUACAUUAAUUUAUUCCUGGGGGAAAAGAGUAGGUGAAGAAAAGAAACAAAGUACGCUUUCCCGUUAGUGGAGGAUUAUCUAAACAGAUCCCUCAUUUCAACCUUCUGCACAUGGUGUGCACUGGGCGAAGGAGGCAGCCUAGGAUGAUAUAAUGCAACGUAACAUGCUUCCCGUUGCCCUAGUUUACAGGCUACUUUCCUGCCAUGUAUAUUUCCAGAAGUACUGACAUCACAUAAAUUUUACAUUUGUAUUCAGCGAUUCUCAUUAUUGUAGUCCGAAGUAGCUGGUUAAGCCAAAUGCAAACAUUUGCAGUGGGCGUCUUUAAAUCAAGUUUCAGUAGUUUCCAACAAAUUACUUGUGAAAAUGAUAUGUAAAUGGCUGUGUUAGUUCUUCAAAUCAAUGCUUUUAAUCUUUUAUC